UCCGGUCCGUGCCCUUGGUGAUCCGUGGCCUGUGUGUUCUUCUGCUUAUUUUGUCUCCAUCGUAGGAAUAUGGCGGCUGCCGCAGCCAGGGUCUGGUGGCGUGGGCUCGGAGGGGUCGCUUCCGUAGCCAGGGGGACUGGGCGACCCUCAGUGCUGUUGCAGCGGGUGAGGAAGGAGAGCACGGCGUCUGAUACGCGCCCCACUGUCAGACCACGGACUGAUGUGACCCACAAGCAGCUCUCAGCAUUUGGAGAGUAUGUGGCUGAAAUCCUACCCAAGUAUGUCCAACAAGUUCAGGUAACCUGCUUUGAUGAGUUAGAAGUCUGCAUCCAUCCUGAUGGGGUCAUCCCAGUGCUGACCUUCCUCAAGGACCACACCAAUGCACAAUUCAAAUCUUUGGCUGACAUGACAGCAGUAGAUGUCCCAACUCGGCAGAACCGUUUUGAGGUUGUGUACAACCUGCUGUCUCUGCGCUUCAACUCUCGGAUCCGUGUGAAGACCUAUGCAGAUGAGCUGACACCCAUUGAGUCCAUAGUCUCUGUGCACAAGGCAGCCAACUGGUAUGAGAGGGAGGUCUGGGACAUGUUUGGAGUUUUCUUUGUUAACCACCCUGAUCUAAGAAGAAUCCUGACAGACUAUGGCUUCGAGGGACAUCCUUUCCGGAAGGACUUUCCCCUCUCUGGCUAUGUUGAGCUACGUUAUGACGAUGAAGUGAAGCGGGUAGUAGCUGAACCAGUGGAGUUAGCACAAGAAUUCCGCAAGUUUGACCUGAACAGUCCCUGGGAGGCUUUCCCUGCCUAUCGUCAGCCCCCUGAGAGUCUCAAGCUUGAAGCUGGAGACAAGAAGCCUGAAGCCAAGUAGCUUGAAAAGCUGGAUCCCAGAAGAAUGCCUCAUGUAUGGUUGUCUGUGUAAAUAAACUCCUAAGGUCAUUCAUUGGCUGGCUUUUUGAGAAAGGGUUUCUCUGUGUAGCUCUACUGGAACUCCCUCUGUAGCCCAGGCUGGCUUUGAACUCAGAUCUGCUUGCCUCUGCCUCCUAAAUGCCAGGAUUAAAAGAGUG